AUGGUGAAUCUGCCAGAAGAUAUUGUUAUUCCUUCUUCGGACCAGGCAUUUGAUGAGUUGGUUCAUUUUUCUUAUCCAAAUAUUUUGGAAAACAUGUCCUCAAAGGAUUUUUUUAAAGCAAGAACUAUACUGGCUCCCACACUAGACAUUGUUGAAGAGGUCAACAACCAUCUGAUGGCUAUCAUUCCUGGAGGGAAAAAAUUAUAUCUUAGUUCGGAUUCUAUUUGUAUGGAUAAAGGAAAUAUGGAGAGUCAACUAGAUCUCUAUGGUCCUGAAUUACUGAAUAGCAUAAAUUGUUCUGGUUUGCCUCUACAUAAAUUAAUACUCAAGGUUGGUGUUCCGGUGAUGUUACUAAGGAAUAUUGACCAAUCCAGUGGUCUUUGUAAUGGUACAAGACUACAAGUUAGGAAGCUUGGAAAUCAUGUCAUAGAAUGUGAAGUCUUAACGGAUAACAAUGUUGGUCAUAUUGCUUUGAUUCCAAGAAUGAAUAUGGUACCAACAAAUGAAACCAUCCCAGUUAGAUUCCAACGAAGACAGUUUCCCAUAAUAGUAUCGUUUGCCAUGAAAAUUAAUAAGUCUCAGGGACAAACUUUAUCUCACGUUGGAUUGUACUUGCCCAGACCAGUUUUUACACAUGGCCAACUAUAUGUGGCACUUUCAAGAGUUAAGAAUAAGAGAGGUUUAAAAGUUUUACUUAUGAAUCACGUAGGAAUGUCUGCAAAUUCAACCAUCAAUGUUGUUUAUAGAGAAGUCUUUGAAAAAAUAGUAUUCUAA